AUGGAUCCUUGUCCCUUCGUGCGUCUCAUCGUGGAGUCUCUCGCUCUCAAACUUCCCUCUCCAACCAAACCACCGCCACUCUCCGGCGUGCACCCCUCCACCACCCCUUGCUUCUGCAAAAUCCGCACCAACACGUUCCCCACCCACACAGCCCUCCUCCCUCUCUCCGCCUCCUCUUGCGCCCCGGACAUCACAACAUCUGCCCCCGCCUUCCAACUCGACCCCGCCGCCCUCCGCCGGCUCUCCGGCAAGUCCCUCAGCCUCGUUCUCUCGGUGUACAACGGCCCAAUGAGUCGCUCCUGCUGCGUGCGCGGCGCCAAGCUGUUGGGCCGGGUCCAUCUCACCGUUAACCUCUCCACUGACCUCUCUAGCUCCCACACCUUCCACAACGGCUGGCUCAACCUGGCUGGGUCCCACAGUAGAAAUAAACCCUCGGCUCAACUUCACCUCGUCGUCCGGUCCGAACCGGACCCCCGGUUCGUCUUUCAAUUCGGAGGCGAACCGGAAUGCAGCCCCGUCGUUUUCCAGAUUCAGGGAAAUAUACGACAGCCCGUUUUCAGUUGCAAGUUCAGCGCCGAUCGCAACUACAGAUCUCGGUCUCUUCCAUCAGAUUUUACAAGCAUUGCAAGUGGGUGGAGAAGGUCCUCCGCAGGCGACAAAGAGCGUCAAGGGAAGGAGAGAAAGGGUUGGAUGAUAAUGAUUCACGAUCUCUCAGGCUCACCUGUUGCUGCAGCAUCAAUGGUGACACCAUUUGUCCCAUCCCCGGGCUCAGAUCGCGUGUCCCGUUCAAACCCGGGAGCCUGGCUCAUCCUCCGGCCCAACGGAGCCUCAGUGAGUAGCUGGAAGCCAUGGGGUCGUCUGGAGGCGUGGCGAGAAAGAGGCCCUGUGGAUGGGUUGGGGUACAAGGUUGAGCUUUUCUCUGACAAUGGACCAGCCAAUAGAAUACCCAUUGCUGAAGGCACAAUGAGUGUGAAAAAGGGUGGCCAGUUCUGCAUUGAUUACAAGGUGAUGAAGGAUGCUGGGUUGGGUUGGAGGCUGCCAGGAGAAGAAGGGUUUGUGAUGGGUUCAACUGUGGACGGUGAAGGCAAAGUUAGCAAGCCUGUUGUGCAAGUUGGGGCACAGCAUAUCACGUGCAUGGCUGAUGCUGCUCUCUUCAUUGCGCUCUCUGCUGCUAUCGAUCUCAGCAUGGAUGCAUGCAUGCUUUUCUCGCAUAAACUUAGAAAGGAGCUUUGCCAUCAUGAACAAAGCUCACUUUCAUAG